AUGGUAAUUAUCACUGGAUUCAAAAAUAGUAAAUUAACACUCCCACUCCAUCUCCUCCAUUCCCUUCCACCAUUGUCUCCUUUUCCAAUAUUUCUCUCUCCGCCUCUCUCUCUCUCUCUCUCUCCUCAUCUCUUUCUCUCUCUCUUUCUCUCUCCUUCCCUCCAUUCCUGGUCUACCUCCCAGUUCUAUACCUCUCAACAUUUUUCCUAUUCUCCCUUCCCUUCCCUUCUUUCUAUCUUUUUUUCCCUCCUUUCAUUUAUCUCUCUCUUCUUUUCUCGCUUCCUCCAUUCCUUCUCUCUCUUCCGUUCUUCAGCUCUGUCCCUUUCUUCCUAUUCUCUCUCUUUCUCUCUCUCUCUGUCUCAUCCAGUUUUACUCUCCUAUUCUCCUUCUAUGUUUCUCCCUCUUUCUCCUCCCCAUUCCCCUCUCACUCUCUCUCCAUUCCUUCUCUCUCUUCCAUUUUACACCUCUUUCUUUUCCUCAUCAUACUCUCACUCUCUCUCCCUUUCCUCCAUCUCUCUUCUUUCCUCUUUUUCUUCACUUUCCGUUUGUAGCCAUUCUUUACUUCUCUUUGCCUCUCACUCUGAUCUAAUGUUGCCACUCCAAUGUCUUCUGCUUUCUACAAGUGGAGUUCUUUUCCCUCUUGAACGCUACCCAUCGAAAUGA